UUAUCGGGCUGACCAUCACCAUCCGUCGUGGGAUCGGUCUCCAGUGUUGCGAGCAGAGGACUCACCACGAGCCGGCGGCAAUUUCCCUUGUCUCGCCGAUGGCACAUGGCAUCCCAAAGUAUAAAAGGGCGCAAGCGUCGGCAUCACCCUCUCACAAACCAUUUCAUUUAAACCAAGUCCCAACGCUCUCCUCAAGUUCACAUCGCUUCGCCAAACCAUGCUUACCACCACCAUCCUCUCUGUCAUCGCUUUCGCCGGCGCUGCCCUCGCUGCCCCUGCGUGGGGUCCUCCGGGCACCGUCCCGCACAACUCGAUUAACCCUGUGCCGGACACAUUGGGCGGCAACGGGGUGACCAUUCGCAAGUUUCAACCCCUUCUUCACAUCGCACACGGUUGCCAGCCUUACCCCGCUGUCAAUAACAACAACCAAGUCAGUGGCGGUCUCAAAGACACCGGCAAUCACGCCGCCGGCUGCCGCGACACCAGCAAAGGCCAAACCUACACACGCUCCGCAUGGUACAACGGCCGCUUCGGCAUCAUGUACGCGUGGUACAUGCCCAAAGACCAGCCGGCGGACGGCAACUGGCCCAGCGGGCACCGUCACGACUGGGAGACGACCGUUGUCUGGCUUAACGCCAACAGCGAGAAUGCCCGCAUCAUCGGCGGCGCUACGUCUGGUCACGGCAAAUUCAAGAAGACUGCGACCCCGAAAGCGCGAGGCUCGAACGUCAAGGUCGAGUACUACACGAACCUGGGAUUGGACCAUGAGCUGCAGUUCACCGACACGACGGGCCGUAGUUACUGGUUGUAUGACUGGGAUGCCAUGCCCGAGAUUGUGAAGAGCGCUCUCAACCAAGCGAACUUUGGAAAAGCCAAUUGCCCGUUCAACGACAACAACUUCAGGAACACUUUGGCGAAGGCUUUCUAAAGGGCAACGCCUUCCCGCUGAUGUCCU